GUUCGUAUCGGGGCAGAGAGAGAGAGAGAGAGACGGCCGACGCCCGCCGCAGCCUCGACUCGAAAGCCAGGCAUGGAACCGCCAACCGAUGGCGAUGGCGAUGGCGAAGUUGACGACGUCGCCGCCGUUACGGAGAUGCGGCACCAAAUGGAGGGUGCCAUCGCUGCUCGCCGCCAGUCGCAGCAAGACCUUCUGGCCUCCCUCCACUCCCUCGUCCCCGACCUCGCCUCUUCCCUCGACGUGCCCCUCCGCGUUAUCUCCGCCUUCAACCGCCGCCCUUUCUCCCCCACACUCAUCCCCAGCCCGAGUACUGAGCCCUCCUCCGAUCACCACUCCGUGAACCCCCGCCGCCGUCACCUCCCCGAUACCUGCACCCUCCCUCGCACCCGCCGCAAGCCCUCUCCGCCCUCCUCCGGGGCCGACGGCGGCGCCUCCUCUGGCGGCGACCUUCUCUCCGUCGUCCGCACCAUGGUCGCCGUCUGCCUAUUGGAGUUCGUUCCCUUCACCGAGAUCGACUCCGCCGCGUUGCUUCGGCGGCUGGUGAACGAUCAGUCUUCCGCUACCCCGUCUGAGAAGGCUGCACUCUCCGAUCUCGGCGGGGAUCUCGGGCCAAUUUCUGCCAUCGAGAUGGCGCUGCGGCGCAUAGCGGAAGAGAGCGGUGGAGUGCAGUUGGAGGAGUUCACGGUGAACGGGAAGUCAGUGCUGAUGAUUUGGAGCAUCAAUCGGAACAAGCUCCUCAAAGAACUUCCAGAGAGCUCUUCUCAGGGUCAGCAGCCACCACUACGUCAUAUCUCGACGGAACGCAACUCGAGCAAGGGGAACUAUCAGGCUCAGGGGCCAAAUAUGGCCGGAGUUGAUAACACUUCCAUGAUGAUGGCAAGUCCGUCGCUGGAUAUGUGGAUGGGGCCUCCUGAUGCUCAUCUCGCCGGCAUGCCCCAUCUCUUUCCGGGGUCUGGCGGUCCGCCAUCUCUGGCUGGUGGUGGACCUAGAGCAAUGGGAUUGAUAGGACUUGCUCCCCUUCAGAGGCCUCUCAUCGGACCUGGCAACACUCCGGGUGGGCCUAAUCCAGCGAUGUUAAAGCAAGGGACAGAGGAAGAUGAUCUAAAUGAUCUAGAUGCAUUGUUGAAUAAGAAGACAUUCAAAGAGAUGCAGCUGUCCAAGGCAGGAGAGGAGCUUUUGGAGCUCAUUCACCGCCCUACAGCAAAGGAGGCCGCAGCUGCUGCAAAGUUUAAGACGAAAGGCGGCUCUCAACUCAAGGAAUACUGUACUCAUUUAACUAAAGAAGACUGUCGGCGUCAUUCUGGUUCAUUUGUUGCUUGUGAUAAGGUUCAUUUCCGCCGUAUUAUUGCUCCACAUACUGAUACAAAUUUGGGUGACUGCUCCUUUCUGGAUACAUGCCGUCAUACAAAGACUUGCAAAUAUGUUCAUUAUGAACUUGACCAAACACUGGAUGCUCCAAUUCUGGGAUUGGCUAAUCCACCUCAAAGACCAAUAAAGUACCAAAGGGCUGAAUAUUGUUCAGAAGUUGAGCUUGGACAAUCCCAGUGGAUAAACUGUGAUAUUCGAACCUUUAGAAUGGAUAUCUUGGGACAAUUUGGGGUUAUUAUGGCAGACCCUCCAUGGGAUAUUCAUAUGGAAUUGCCAUAUGGUACAAUGGCUGAUGAGGAAAUGAAAAAUCUUAAUGUACCAACAUUGCAAACUGAUGGUCUGAUUUUCCUUUGGGUCACUGGGCGUGCAAUGGAACUUGGUCGUGAAUGUUUAGAGCUUUGGGGAUACCAGCGUGUUGAGGAAAUCAUUUGGGUAAAGACCAAUCAGCUUCAACGGAUUAUAAGAACAGGACGCACAGGUCACUGGCUCAAUCAUAGUAAAGAGCAUUGCCUUGUUGGAAUAAAGGGGAAUCCUGAGGUAAACAGGAACAUUGAUACUGAUGUUAUUGUCGCUGAAGUUCGGGAAACAAGCCGAAAACCUGAUGAGAUGUACCCAAUGCUGGAGAGAAUCAGCCCGAGGACGAGAAAGUUGGAACUGUUUGCUCGUAUACACAAUACACAUGCAGGGUGGCUAUCACUUGGCAAUCAAUUGAACGGGGUGCAGCUAGUGGAUGAAGGCCUUAGGGCUAGAUUCAAGGCUGCUUAUCCCGAUGUGGAGGUGCAGCCAGCAUCGCCAACCAGAACUUCUGCCAUGGACACGGACUUGAAUACCUCUCAGCACCAACCCUAGCCUGGCCUCGCCGGUUACUGCCUUGGAAUCAUGGUUGAUCGCAUACAGAGUAGAAGCUUUUUGAACUAUUAACAUCCUCGAUGCUUUGAGAGCAGAGUUCCCAAUCUCUUAAAAAGUUAAUCACUGUAACUUUCCCAUCCUAACUUAUCUUGUCGAUGGAAGGCUCUUCAACAACAACACAAGCGCAGCAUCCAUGCCCCACUUUGCAUCGGCAUAUUGCUGCAGUAUAUUAAUUUCCCUUCUAAUAAAUCUUCUUCUCAAAUUUGUUCUCUGGGAUUAAGCUACACUCCUGGAUUUUGUUAUAAAGAGUAGAUCCAAUUCUUGUAUUCUUCA